UGAAGCAGGAGAGACCCGUUGCCCAGAAGAAGCGAGUCCUGGUCCAGUUCCGCCAGGCCCUCCCACAGGUUAAAGAGGGUGGGGAGCAACAAGCAAGGAGGGAUGUGACACAGAGAAAAAAAACUUCAACCGGGAGAGGAUGCAUGUACACUGGAGCUGAGCACCGGCAUGAAGCAGCAGGACGAUGCACAAGUAGCUGGCUGCGUGCGCGGCGCUGCACAAUGAGUGCUGCUGGGACAUGGACGUGCCGGUAGAGGACGGGGACAGCUGUGGCAAUAUCCCCGACGCAGUGGGAGGAACGUUCUGGUUCCUCUGGGUCCUUCCAGAGACCCCCCCCAGCUCAACCAUGAGAGCGAGGGCCCUCCUGGCCUUCAGACUGGUGUGCCUGGCCUGGCUGUGGCCCGUCGGCAGCCACUUCCCGACCAGCAGGAGACACAAGGAGCAGCGCGGAGACAACGCGCAACAAAAGCACGGAGGGCGGGUGGAUCUCAAGAUGAAAAAGCUGGACAGCACCAAGUCUCUGCUAAUUAAAUCCGAGCAGCUGCUUCGGAUUGAAGACCAUGACUUUGCAAUGCGGCCUGGAUUUGGAGGUUCGGCUAUUCCUGUGGGCAUCGACGUCCAGGUGGAGAGCAUCGACAGCAUAUCUGAAGUGAACAUGGACUUCACCAUGACUUUGUACCUGAGGCAUUACUGGCAGGACGACCGGCUGGCCUUCCCCUCCAGCAACAACAAGAGUCGUACCUUCGAUGCGCGUCUGGUGAAAAAGAUUUGGGUUCCCGACGUGUUCUUCGUCCACUCGAAGCGUUCCUUCAUACACGACACGACCAUGGAGAACAUCAUGCUGAGGGUUUUUCCCGACGGCAAUAUCCUCUACAGCGUCCGGAUCACUGUGACGGCACUGUGCUCCAUGGACUUCAGUAGUUUCCCUCUGGACACACAGAGUUGCUCUCUGGAGCUGGAGAGCUACGCGUACAAUGAGAACGAUCUAAUGCUCUACUGGAAGAACGGGAACGAUUCAUUGAGGACUGACGAGAUCGUGCUCUCUCAGUUUUUUAUUGAAGACUUCCGGCCUUCCUUUGGGCUUGCCUUCUACAGCAGCACUGGUUGGUACAAUCGGCUCUACAUUAACUUCAUUCUCAGGAGGCACAUCUUCUUCUUCAUGCUUCAGACGUACUUCCCCACCAUGCUGAUGGUGAUGCUGUCCUGGGUGUCUUUUUGGAUAGACAGGAGGGCCGUACCUGCCCGUGUCUCUCUGGGCAUCACCACGGUUCUGACCAUGUCCACCAUCAUCACUGGUGUCUCAGCCUCUAUGCCACAGGUGUCUUACGUCAAAGCUGUAGACAUCUACCUGUGGGCAAGCUUCUUGUUUGUCUUCCUGUCUGUCAUCGAGUAUGCCGCCGUCAACUAUUUCACCACGGUGGAGGAGAUGAAGAAGCUCAAGAGGGCAAAGAACCCCAACUCCUUCGAUGCCAGCCAGGCUAUGGCGUUCGACGGCUGUUUCCACGACAAUGACAUGGACCUGACCCCUUUCCCAGAUGUCUCCAGCACCCCGAACACAGAGAGGAACACCCAGUCUCGAAACUCUACCGUCUCCGGACCAACAGAAGGCACCGGGCUACGCCGCGAGCACCCCGUGAAGCAACACCUCAGCUUCAUCAUGAGCAACAGCUACAUGAUCGACUCCUACUCCAGAGUCAUAUUCCCCCUGGUUUACCUGCUCUUCAACAUCAUUUACUGGAGUUUGUAUGCAUAGUACAUAACCCAUGCAGCAGAAUACAAACAGUAUUAAUCUUUGACUAUUUUCACCAUUUGGUUAUACAUUGUAACACCAACAGGCUGCAAUGAGCUGAUUCAUAAUAAUCUGUUAAUCUGUUAUGGGAUACAACCACAGUGUCUGCCGAUGGGCGUAUAGAUCUCUAUCUGCACGGUAUCUUUUACUCAAGGGGCGUUCAGUUGUAACUUGGAUAAAAACGCAAGAUCGGCUGUUACAUUGAACGGCUGUUGUUUUUGCAGAUGUUUGUGUGUUUUUCGACAUGCCUGUUUUAUAAAGAGAAAACGUUUUAUUCUCACAAAUAUAUUUAAUUUCUUGAUUAGACACAAAACAUAAAAUUGUAUAAUUACUUAAAUUGUCUUGCAAAAUAAAUGGAUGCUCUUCAA